UAUUUUGACGAUUUAUAUGUAGAAUUUACUAUUAUGUUUUAUUUCAAUUGUAAAGCAAAAUUAUUAUGUAAGGUUAUCGUAGUACAGAGUGCAGGCGUUCGUAAAUUUCGUAACAGUACUACAUUCUAUAUUAGAAACAUCUUGAAAAUCAAAUGUAUGAUCUUUCUUCCACAAGGCGGCGCCACUAAUUCCGGACCAAAUUUUCAUUUUCAAUGCGUGACAAGGGCGUCUAUAUGACCGACAAUCUGCCGGCCGAUUCUCUGUUUUCAGUCGCCUUCGCUGCUGGCAGCGUACGGACGGAAGAGUUGAGAAUUUUUCGCGAAAAUCGGUUAUCUUUCAUAUAUUGUCAUCUUUUCACCGUCAUUCUAUAUGAUGAUCCAAAAAUCCUUAACCCUACGACAAGUGAUUUCCGCGAUCUGACAUUUAAAAUAAGAACGGAAAUGUUUUGUUAAAAAUGAGAUUUUUCUUUGCGUGGAACCGGCGUUUAGUGAUACGUCGUGAAAGAGUUAGAAACGAAUAAUUGUUUAACGACACGAAGCGAAAGUGACAUUUGGAAAAUUCAAGAAAGGAAGAAUAGGAAAAAGGCGGGAGACGGAUGCGUGGAAAACCGCUUUUUUUGGACGAACUGUUGGGCACGAGCGCGAUCAAGAAGGAAAAUACCUACUUGAAGGUGGCAGAAACAGGGGUGGAGAAGGUCACGGGGUCGGGCCUAGGGGUGGCAUCAUGGACUCUCAUCAGCAAUUCUGUCUCAAGUGGAAUAGUUUCGGUAGCAACCUAGCGACAGCGUUCUCGAAUUUGUUCAAAAGCGAGAGUCUUACCGAUGUCACCCUAUUCUGCGAGGGAGUAACGUUCAAGGCACACAGGUUAAUCCUCGCAGCAUGCAGCAAGCACUUUCAAGAGCUCUUCGAAGGAAUGCCUCCUUCUCCCGCGGGACUGAUCGUUAUUCUCGACGGGACGAGUGCCCACAAUAUGGCGUCCCUUCUCGAAUUCAUGUACCGUGGAGAGGUCCACGUGUCCCAGGAAUCCCUCAGCUCUUUCCUCAAAGCAGCCGAAUGCCUUCAAGUAAAGGGUCUGUCCAUCGAGCACGAGAAAUUGGCAGUAGCGCAAAGGCACGCUGCGGAGAACAAUAGCUCAUCGACGGAUGCCGGGGAUGGCGGAGGUGGUAGCAAUGGCGGUGGUAGCAGCGGUAGCGGUGACAACGGAAGCGGGAACGUGAGCGGAAGCGUCAGUGGAAAUGGUAAUGCAGCUGGUGGUGCCAGUGGCGUCGGUGGAGGAGUUGGCGAAGUGAGCGACAUGAGCGAAGCGGGUGAAGCAACCAUGGUGAGAAACACCAUGAAGAGGACCCCCACACCGGUACCUUCGCCCGCCCCUGCUUACACCGUGCCCAGCCUCUAUUCCACUACCUCUCACUAUUACGAAAGUCCGCCGAAAAGGCUGAUGAGAUCGCCCAGCGACGUCGAUACCUUGGGAAGGGCGAGCGUGUUGCGCGAUGGCACUGCCUUCCGGCCCGCAUCAGCGCCACAUCCGCUUCUCCUGGAGAACCACUUCUACCAGCCGUUCAUCUACCCUUCAGAAACGCCCGCACAUCCCCACACCGCACCUCAUACACCGACAGAAUUGGAACAGGAAUUGGAACGAGCGAGGUCCGAGGAACGUAGCAAUUGCGAUCUCAAGGAAAGCGUAGCCGAAGAUCUUCGAAUAAAGCAAGAACCAGUGGCGAUGACCGAUCGGGAAAGGGCAGAAAAAUUGGCAGAAAGAUUGUCAGGCGAAGUUUAUUCCGGAGGAAGGGGGUUCGAUAGUGGUCAUUACGGUUCAAAUUCGGACCACAUUCAACACGGGGGACAAGUUGGCCACGCCAUAGUCCCCCUGCCGCCCGCUCAUCCGCCGACUCCUGAUCUCAGUCCUGCACCCACCACUCCUGCUAUGUGGAAUACGAAAAUUAACAAGGCUGGUACUGUCUCCACUCCUGAUGGCAAGAAACUGAAGUGUCCAUACUGCGAGAAGCUGUACGGCUACGAGACGAAUCUGCGAGCUCAUAUACGGCAGCGUCACCAGGGUAUCAGGGUGCCGUGUCCGUUCUGCUCGCGGACGUUCACGCGGAACAACACCGUCAGACGGCACAUCGCACGGGAGCACAAGGCCGAGCUGAAUCUGAAGGCCUUCCAACAAACAAACCACUCGAUGUCAGACACGGUGCCGCAGUAACGGCGUCCUCGUUGUCAUCGUCGUCAUCGUCGUCGUCGUCUUCGUCGUUGUCAUCGUGGUUGUCGCUGUCAUCGUCGCGAUGACAUCGAAGACAACCCUAUGGCUACUCGAGUUACCUGCGAGUGGCACGAAACGGAAAUACCACGAAUGCUGGAACGAGGAAGAAGCAACGAGGGCGAAGGUCUGUCCACCUUUUCCCUCGACCAACGUCGGUCAACGCCAUCCCCAUCCCAUGUAGCAUCCGAGUGGCGCUCGGGACUAAACAUUUCCUCCGCAAAAUCGCCACGCUGCGAUUGACAGCGUUGCGCCGGAAGUCAACCGACGCUUUGACAGCGAGGUCGACAAAGGAACUGUCCCGCUGUGUCUCGUCUCGGCGAUUCUAAUAGUUGUCAAUUACACCAGUCGUGUUUUCGGCUGAGCGAUUCACCGUCCGAAAGCGUCUCCAGAGCGUCACUACGAAAGAGCAACCGCCGGAACACAGAGAAUCGAGCUGAAGAAUUAGAUAAAUUUACCGCUUAUGCAGAUGGUUAAACGUGGCGUUCGACUUAUUUGAUCGCAUCAAACAAUCACUGACUCAUACUCGAAGGCUCAAUGGAUGCUGGACUUUCAAAAGAUUCUUCGUGUUUUGGAUUACCACUACUUUGAAGAUUCACGUUGCUCCAACGAUUGCACGCUCUUGGUACGCUUUUGCGGAUACGAAUUGCGUUUCUUUGGAUAAAUCGUGGAGGAUGGACGUGGCGUGAACUUGGAUGCGACAGAGGUUGUUGACCAGAUGUAGUAGAAAAAAUUGUCGCGCUAAUCGGAUCAUAAAAGAGGUUAGCAUUGGAAGAGAGGGAAGAUGAAAGAAGGUAAAGGAAGAUAAAGGAAGAUAGAAGAAGGUAGAAGAGUGAAGCUUGGAAAAACGUCGACGUCCGAUUGCUCGCGUAGCUCGCACAAAGGUACGAGUAUAGUGGGAUGAUUAGGGGUGGGAUUGAGGGAGAUGAAAGCUCGUCGCGCCUCGGACACGCUCGCGAAAUAACGCUGGAUAAUCACAAAACUAGUCAAUAAAAGUGCAACGUCGAGUAAGAGUUAUUAACUAUAAAAGAGAAAGCUGAAGAAAAACAGUUUUUAAAAGAGCGCGAUAAAAGAUAGGGAAGUUAGAGACAAGCGUAACGCCGAAAGAUCGAAACCGAAGAAAAGACGCGAAUAGUUGAAAGCAUGUUGAAACGCAGAUUCACAAUGUCAAGAGAGAUUAAGCGAGUAGAUUACGAGAAAGAUGAAGAAAAAAAAAAAAGACGCAUAUCUCAGGUGAAUCGUACUACCGUAAGCCAGUAGUUCUCGAUUUAUUUUAUUAUCUUUUUCGCCCUUCUGCUUUGUGGUUUACAUAUACAUAUAUAUGUAUUUAUACAAUUCUUCACCAUAUUUUUUCGACGACUCCUCGCGUGAACGAUCAGGAUCGUUUUAAGGAGUCGUACGAAUACCGAUUAAUAUAUAUAGUAUAAAUAUAAAUAUACCGAACAUAUAAAUGAAAACGGUGCAAGCGCUGUUACGAGAAAUAGGUUUAAACGAAUGAAGCGUCUACUUACUGCCGCUACUUUAUUUUAUUCGAUAGUUACGAUCAUGUUACCGAUGGAUUAUUAAGAAUUAUCGAACUGAUUACCAAAUCACAAUGCAUUGAAACGCUGUUAUUAUAUAUUGAUACUUUUACCGAUUCUACCGCGAAGAAAUAACACUGGUACUAUUAUUGCUGUUGAUGUCGAGAGCCUAGGGUCAAGACACGGGUGAUAUCCGAACAUAAUUCAACACGUUACAACUUAAACACGUACGCGUUAGUGCCAAACAAAUUGAGAACACAAAGAAAGGAAACAUAGAAAUUAAAUCGCAUUUUCUCGAUCAUACAUUUUUCUACUCAGGAUAGGUAAUCGAAUUUCUAUUAUUUUUUUACGCAUCUCCACACACGAGACGGUAACAUAGAGACGACGGACGACAUACACUUCAUCCGUGAGAAAAGCACACAUAUCCGGAAAAGAGAGAUAGAGUGGUGCAGAUUUUUCUUGUAAAACCGACACUGACGCAUACCAUCUUCUCCACUUUUAUGUUUUUCUUCUCUUCUUUUUAUAUAGAUAUACCGUCGUUUUAUAAAGAAUUUAUAAGAUUAUUAACUACAAUGAUAAAAGAAUGGACAGGUUGUCGAGUUACCAUAUUAUUAAAUAUAUCAUGUAGGCCACGUAUGUAGAUUCUUCUUGGUGAAUGCGUGCAAACCGGAGGUUCGUAUCGCGCGAGAAAAUAAGCAAUAAUCGUUAAGAUACAUAGAGAAGAACUAAUCUUUCCUUUUUGUAAGAACGUUGUUUUUUAUAUCUCUCUAAACGCACUGUAUAUAUAACCAAGGGACGCUUGUUCUUAAUCGUUAUUAUAGACGAACAGGAGUCUCCUGGUGAAAAAUCAGGGCGUUCCACGUGCUACGUAUUAUAAUACGAGAUCCAAGAUUUUUUAGCGAGUACGUUUAUAUUUACCUGAUUGACGAAGAAUCACGAAGCAAUCGCAUUCGCUUGGAAAGAUCUCAAACGUGACGCGUUGUACGUCACGAAGAACAAUCACUACCACUUUGUUACCUGUUUACAAUGUUUAAAUAGCGGACUUUUGUCCGAAGCAAUAGUCGAGGAUAAUAUAUAAUAGGUGAUAUAAUUAUGAAACCAAUAGACCAGGACGAACAAGAAAGCAUAGGGAAUAAUUGCUUAGAUACCGGUUGUAUAGAAUGUGAUCAAUGCAAUAGUUUAUUAUUAACGAUUUAACCUAUAAAUAGAUAUAUAGAUACUCCUAGUCAGGAUAGCACCACAAUAUUACUUGUUGCAGUAUUUCACACGUUUAUAUUACAGACUUCUAUCUUCUCUCUUCUUAUUCUUUCUCCACUAUUACAAACUUCCAGCCGUUUUUUUUUCUCCCUUUUUAUUAUUAUUAUUAUUAUUCGUUUAUCGUCGUUUUCUUCAUAUCCGUCAGUAUCUUGUCUUUUCUCUCGCUCAUCUCUUUUUCUCCUAUUUUUAUUUGUUUGUUACGUUACAGAGGAAAAUCAGAGUUUAACGAGAGUUAUCUCACAACGAUACGCCUAUCUUCUUAAGAUAUCAAAGACAAUAGUUAAUAGGGGAUUAUUUAGUAUUUAAAUGGUCGUGAAAAGAUCUAGAGUAUAUUAGUAAAAGGAAACUAUUUGUUUCGUUUCCGUUUCCGUUGUCUCGUUCUUUCCCGUAUUUUCUUGUUCGCGUUGCAUGUGUUCUUUUUACGUUUCUACAUUCUCUGCAUAAUUCUCUCUUUUUUUUUUUACGUUUUUCUUAGUUUCUUAAAUACGAUAUCAAAUCGCGAACCGGAUCGUUCGCGUAUUCUGCCAAAUGACGAUACGUAUGACAGUACUACCUCAUCGUUUUUUAUAAGAAUGCAUACAAAACACAGGGAACACUGAGAGACCACUGAUAGAAUAACAUCUGUACAUUCCGUACAGCCGCCACUACUCGUCCGGUUAAUGUCGGGAUUAUUCUCCUGCUGUUAUACCCUGAGAGACAGGGUACGAACGUGAAUCUUGAAGCUCUUCAUCGAAAUUCCAUGCAAUAUUAAUAUUUAUUUUCCAAACAUGCUGCCAUUCAACACAUACGAAGAAAAUAUAAUGAGUUAUAUUUUCUGUUUCUCAACGAAACAAUUUUCUAACAACUAAUCUCAAUAUUAUCGAAAUUGUUGUAUAUUUGGUCUUUCGAAUUCAAUAUGUAUGUAUCAUUAUAUCAGGAUAUUUGAAAAAAUACGUCGCGUUCAGUGCUGCAACAUUAGUUAUACAUUUGGUUUCAUACAAAAGGAUUUAUUUACUUUAGAAAAAAUUAUAUUCAUUUACAAUUAUAUCAUCAGAGAAAAUACUCUGCUAAUCGGAAAUUUAAAAAGACGAACUUAUCACAUUUUCUUCGCGCGAUCUUCGCGUUGUAAUCGUUCGUAGAAUUUGUGGAGGAUCGUUUUCAUUCUACCAUUUACAGAUCGUACAAACGACGUCUCCUUCGAACUUUCAAACAAUUUCAUUUUAUAGACAUUAGUUUAACGCAAGUGCCGUAUUAGCAAAGGAAUUUCUGAUAGACGAGAAGCUUCAAGGAUCGCAAGCACACGUGAUAUAUAAGCUCUACAUACGAUUAUAUAGUAGAUCCGUUUUUUUACGAAGUUGCAUUAUCGCAUACGUACACAACUGUAUAUGUAAUAACUUACCAUUAUCUAAUAACUUUCCACUAUAUAAGCACAGUGAGACACGUGAAUGUGAGUACGCGCGUGUGUGUGCGUGCGUGAGCGCGAGAGACUGCGUGACAAUUUACAAAUAAAGAAACGCGGCGAUUUCAUCGUUUGGCAAGCGAAGUCUGGUUCCUCGGACCAAUCACGAUUUUUCAAUCAAAGAAAUGCGAAAAAGAAAAAGAAAGAAGAACGAAAUCAGGUGAGAAACGAAAGUAUUGUUUCAUCACGAACAAAACGAAAAAUAUGUGAACUGAAAAAAGAUAUCGCGAGUGUACAGUGCACAGGUUUAAUUGGCGAGAGCGAAGAAGUUUUAAACAAGUGGGGCUAAAAUGGAGAAAAUCCAAGUGAAAAUAUCAAAUCAGCGAAAAGUGUUUCGAGUGCACGCGUGCUCGUUUCGUCGACGAAUUUCGCGGAUCAUGUUUCCCGAUCAUCUCGAAGGGGUUGAUAACAAAAAAAAAAAAUAAAAAAAUAAAAAAUAAAAAAAAAAUAAAAAUAAAAAUAAAACGGACGAAGAACAUUCUAAGAAAGAAACUCGAAAGCUGACGAAUGAAAAGAGCAAAAAUGGAAAUUGAAAAGGAAAAACCAUACGAGACGUUUUUAGGAGGGCAAAUUGUUUAGAUCCGGACGCGAGGGUGAUAAUCGAUGUUCUUUUAGGGCUGACUAAAGGGUGAAUUUCUCGAGGAUGGGGCUAUAAAAACAUUUUAGACGACGUGAAAAUUAGUCAUAGAGGGUGGACGAGAGGACCUCAAAACAAAAAGCAAAAAAACGAAGACGCUGCGGGAAGGGGGAUUAUUCAAAAGUGUUAUGUGUCGUUUACGUAUGUGAUAGGAACAUACACACACGCGCACACACAUCUACACUGCACGUACAUACACGUUUAUGUACGAAACAGAAAAACACACAGAACGUACACGGGAUACGUCGCAAAAUGAUCGAUUUGCAUAUAUGCUCACGAGUGUAAAUAAUUUUGGUACGCAUACGUACUUUGGUUAAAUUUUAUUUCCUUUGUCUCUUCUUUUGUUUUCUUUUAAAUUAAGCCGAAAAAAUGUAUACAUAUUUUCUUUUCUUUUCUUUUCUUCUUCUUCUCUUUUCUUUUUUCUUUUUUCUUUUUUCUUAACUUUUCUCGGCUACUCUGCCAAGCAGAAACGAACGAAACGAAAUAUCGAGAGUAAUGUUAAGAUCGUACAAACUUUAGUAUUAAGUUUACACUUUUCUUAAGCGUUUCCUUUCAUUUUUAUUUCAUCUAAUAUCGUUCCCUAUUAUUUUUCUUUGUUUUCGUUCUCUUUUAGGUAAUUUUGGGGUGACGUUCGUUUAGGAUAAUGCGUUUACGUUCACAGUUGCGAAUGUUUAAGAGGUUCGGGGCUAAAAAGCCAUGUACUUUUUAGUUGCUUCGUCGUUAGCUGUUACGAAUUUGCAUAUGUAAAAACACGCGUGUACAAUGUAUAUACAGGUGUAUAUAUACGAAGUUGAUGAAUCGAGUAAAGAGUGACGAGCAAUCGAUCGUGUUUGGGCAGGGGAUGGAAACGAAAGUGAAAGAUCGCUGGAUCUGAAACCAGACUAAACUUACACUCGUGUUUUACUAUUCAUCGAAUUAUGAAUCGCGUAGAAUUCUUUUCCAUAUCCACAAUUCUUCUGUGUUCGAAUUGCUUCUUCUUUUCCGUUUCGUACUCGAUCGCUUUGCAAAUGUCCUUUGUCACAAUUUUUUUUCGUAAGUAAAAAGCUUUUCAAUAAUCUCAAGGAAAAAGAAACGAGAUUCAAAAGUCGCAUAUUUUCAAAUUUAUUUUUACACGUGUUCUUUACCCUUCUAAUAUUAUUUUCGAUAACGAAGUUUCUCGAUCGUUUUGAAGAUUACGAAAUUAUAUUGGAAAUGUUGCUUGAGAUCAACUCACGAUUCGCAAGAGUAGUUUUCAACGUCCCGUUUUCCCGCGUAAAGUUCCGCGCUGCCUGACCGUAUCCCAGUGUGAUUGGAAAUACAUACACACGCACACACGAACACGUGUAUACAAGCACAAACACACAUAGGCACACGCAUAUAGGAGGGGCGCGGUAUCGUGCGUACGCUUAGCGUGCAUAUAUCCACGUUGCGAAGCCACGCGCCAGCGUACGCACACGUAUGUACCAUUAUUGUAUCACGGCGUAGGAUAAAAUGUUGCAUGUUGUUUCUAUAAUAUGUGUUUUACGGAUUGAAAAUCCUUUAAUAGAUGUCGUGUGUGACACAGCUUGGCGAGGCGAGCUUUACACCGCGGGUCGACCGAAUCGUUUCGAAUUUCCCGCGUGAAUCACGAGCGUCGCGGAGAAGGAAGAAAAAGAAAUUAGAAAAACAAGGAUAGUGACUUAAAGAGGAGUAGAAAGGCGUUAGACAGCAGAGAGUUCGAUGAAAGACUCUUGAGUUUCAAGGUAAAUUAGGAUGAUAAUCGGUAGGGAUCGCUUAAAAAAUCGGUACGAAAUCGGCGAGAAGUGAAGGAACUAGGAAUAAACCGCGUUUAAAGGACGCUCGACACCCGCGACCGAGACUCGCGGUGUAAACGGGCUUUCCACGAUUUAAAAAACGUAAAAUGAAAAAAAUAUAUGAGUAAAAAAAGAGAUGGUAAUCCUUCGUCACUGAUGUUUGGCAACUGAGAUCGCGUGGGCGGGCAAGUACAGUUGUCGAGGGUAGAAUAAGAACAUUGGCAGAGGCGAACGAAAAACAAGGGGAGGGGGAAUGAAAGGGUGACGGCAGAGAGGCUGUCGCCGUGGAAAAUAAUUAAGGAUCGGCGGAGAUUGUUGCAUGCUCGCGGUGAAAAACGAAGGAGGAUAAGGAUCGAUGUUGUCGCUGCACCUGGGCUGCGCGUGCACUGUCUACUUAUACUAUACCGUUUGAUCGUUGUAUAGUAUAAAAAAGAAAAAAGAAAAAAAAUACAGUAAUAGUACUAUACCAUAGUUGAUAAUGAUUGCAUAGUACAUGUAUCACGCACGCAUAAGCAUAUUUAAACGUGACGAAAAAGUAUAAAAAAAAAAAACAUAACAUUAAUAAGAACGUAAGGAACGUACAUUACGUAACGAACCUACAUCUUCUUUUUCUUUUGGCGGCAAGAUCGAAUUAAUCGAUUGACGAUUAUUACGAUUACGAUUAUAAUAUUGUAAAACUGUAGGGCUCAUAUUGUCGCGCAGCGGGGCUUCGAUUUCGGCGGCGUGCGAUCCUCGAACGAAGACAAACGUUUGAGCGGUCGCGACUUAUAGUACAAAGUAAACUGUAAUGCGUUAAGGGGUAUAAAUGAAGUAAUCGAUGGAAAAACGCGAUAAUGAAACAGAUGACGAUCGCAGAUUUUUGUAAACUUACUAUACACAAUGUAUUAAAAGAAACGAUUACAAUUAUGAUACUGAUCGAUGAUAACGACGAUAAAGAUGAUGAUGAUGAUGAUGAUGAUGAUGAUAAUGAUGAUGAUGAUGAUGGGUUUUAUAUAAUAUAGUUGAAUUUGGACGGCUAGAGAGACGUGCAUCGGUAGAACGAUCAAGGGUUCGAUGAACGCGAUUUAAUUAAGCUCAUAACACUGCAUUUCUCGAUCUCGCCGUUUAUUAUGCCGAAUGUUGUAUACAGAUUGGAUGAGGAGGCGUAUAAUCCUGUUCGAUGGAUCGUGAUUGAUCGUUGUUCGGUAAAAGUCGUCGAUAUACAGUUUCUAACAUUUCUUCUUUCUUCGAGAUCCGGUGAAAUUGAGCGAAGCAACGUCAUUGCGAUUUUCAAGCACGAUAUCCUAUCCUAUACAAUUCGUCAGGUUUUUAUUUCUGAAUGAUGCAAUAGACCGACUGCCUCUGGUCUGCUAUUAAGAAUACAAAACUAUCGUAUCUUUUUUCUUUUUCUUCUUUUGCAUCGCUAUUACAUUACAAAAUCGCAACGGCGUCACCUGGCUCGUUUGCACCAAAUCUCAUAAUAAUGAAACAUCAUGUUACGAUAGCUAUGUUACAAGAAGAAUCGACGACGUUUAAUCUAUGCAACGAGACGCAUUAUCCACUCGACGAGAUAUCGAUAUUUCUGUGAUACGCAGGAAAGGAAGGAGGACACGUUUACUUUAAGCAGCGAACGUGCCGAAAGUUUAAAUACCCAUUACAUAUCAGUUUCAGGGAGAUCGAUCGCCCAUUACUUUAACUAUACUUGUCCCGUUUCAUGUGAUCCUCGUGAAUCCUCUUUCCUUUAUCUGGAAUUGCAGAAGAACUGAUUGUUCACCGACUGUUCCAUGUGAUCGUACUUUAUACCAAAUAGCUCGCAAUAGUUAAUAUUAUAGUUACAGAGUUGUUGAGAUUGUUUUACCGCAGACUGCUACGUUUGCAACCGACUUUAUAUGUUUCUUAAUCGUUCAGAGAUGAUAUAAAAACGACUUAAACGCAGAGAAUAGAUAAGAACGAUAUAAAUGCAAAUAUUUGCGAAUGAUACGUAGGAAAUAGGUCCGAAUGCUUGUUAUGUACGAGUGUUAAUAGCAGAAAGGAUGAAAAGACUGGUGAAACUCGUCACUGCCACUAAGUAAUCGAAUCCUUCCGUGAUCGGCUCGCCGAUGCAAGCUCUGCCGUUCGUCACAGUAACGGAACACAAUACUUCGUCAUACACACUAGUACAAAUGCUACCUCACACAAGAUAUACAGGGUGCAGAAGAAAGCAAAAGAGAGAAAAAAAAAGAAAUGAAUAGAAGCUUAAAAUAAAUCUCUGUACAUAAAAGAUGACACAAUUUAAAAGGAAAAAGAAAACGGUAUUUUGCGAUAGAAUCAAACGUCCCAGAGGUGUCGAUGAUCGGCAUACGGUCCGACGUAUUCUAAAGGAAACGACGAUGGCAAGAAAAGAAAAGAAACAAAUUGUAGUAAAAAAAAAAAAAAGAUAAGAAAGAUGGGAAAACACAGAUGAUAGUUAAACAGAGAUCAGAAUAAAAAAAAAAUUCGAAACGGGUUCGGUGUCGUUAAUCGAGACGACACGACUCGUACUCCACGGUGUCCUUUUCUCAGGAAUAAUGAAAACCAAGUACAAACUACAAAGUAUAAUAGUCGAUAAGAUUAACAUAAAUCAAUAAUCAAGCGAUGCAAUAGUCGAGUGUAUAGUAGGGAUCGAUCCGGUGUAACUUGUACGCCGUUUCUCUUUGUCUCUUUCUCGCUCGUCCUUCCUUGCUAUCUCAUUUUUCCCCUUUUCUCUCUGUCUUUCGUCAGAAAGAAACUAACUCGUUGUUAACGAUAACCGUCGCCGCGAAACAUUAAAAUAUGAAACGUGUUUCGCACACGACGACGCUACGUUACUUAUGGCACCGUGUGUUAAUUACGCAUACAAAAGAUUAAUUAAGUGCUCGAACGACCAGUUUCCUCUUCAUUCUCACGUAUCUUGCUCGUUCUUUCUUCUCUCUGUUAAAUAGCGGCCAUGCUCGUUAGAGCCGUUUUCGCUUCCGUUCGCCGUUUCAUUCAUUAUGGGCGAACAAAGAGCAGAAAGAGCACUUUAUGGUAGCGAUAUCAUUGCGCUAACAAAGAGGAAGAUACGUUUGUGAGAGAGGAAACAAGUGUCGCUUAAAUAAUGAGCCAAUUAACGCGGGAAUUAUGUAUCGUAACGACGAUUCCGCGUUAAAGGAACGACGAACGUUGCUUGUUCGCCGCGUACUUCUUUCGAUUCACGAAUUUGUUAAUUGUUUUAGUCUCUUUAUCCUUAUCGUGCGCUGCUGAACAAUUUCCUUCGAUGAUCUAUCUCCAUCCAACACUUCUCAUCGCGAUGCAAUCACUCGUCUAAGGUUAGGUUCAUCGGACGCGUCAGACUUUAUUCCUUAAUCUUUUUUGAAUUUCGCGCCACGGCACAUUCCACCGUGGUUGUAAGUGUUCUUGUUAAGAUAUGUUCGUUCUUUGUUGACCGUUUUGUUACGUGGUGUUUCUCUGCCGGUCGGAUGUUCCCUUACUGAACAUUUCUUUUUUCAUUUUCGGUGCCUUUUCUUUCUCUUUGUCUAUUUUAAGGAAGCGAAACGUACAUUUCGUACGAACUUCCUAUCGCGCAUGAUAAUGAAACAUCUCUUCCUUUAUUCCGUUUCGAUGUUCAUCUCACUAGACGUUCAGUUUAUGCGUUCUGCUUACCAUUUCGUAUAGAACUCUCCUAUUUUUUUCAUCUUUACAAGAUCUUUUCGAAAAAAUUUUAAAUAGGAUUCUGUUCCUAAGUUUUAUAUUUUGCAUACGACUUUAUCGUUCUUCGUCUUUUCGCAAACAUCUUUCCUCCUCUUCUUUAUAAUGAAGAAGAAGCAAAAGAUCGAUUAUACACGUAAACAAAUGCGAACAUUCGUCCGGUUGCAUUUUAUUCUCAAACGCUAUUGUCCACGAUAUGGUUCAGUUUCGUUCCUCAAUGAAAUCUCUUUUUACUUUCCACUUCCCAUCGUCGUCCUCCUAAUAUCUUCUUCACCACGAAGUAAUACACCUGCCCCUUUCGUCCUACGUUGGGAAUUUCGUUAUACUCGGAAGAAACGGACAAACCAUCAUCUCGUGCAUCUAUGACAUAAUCUUUCUACUGAUAAUAAUAAUAGUAAUAAUAAUAAUAGUAGGUGUAUACGAAACCGCUUCUACCUCAAUGAAACAAACGUACACGUAUACAUAGCUAACACGUACACGCAUAAGCUCGUACAUACAGACGCAUAUACACUCGCACAUACACACACACGCAGACACACACACACACACACAAGAUACAUUUACGGUACGCAUAGACGAUCACGUUAAUUACAAAUAACGUUCGUACAAUUGUGUGUCGCUUACGGUUCCUUCUCGGUUUUUCUUUCUCAUGUGUCCCAUUGAUUGUGAGAAGUAUUAUUUUUCUACGCGACGCUCGGCGUAAUACCGUGCGUUUCAUUUUUUUGUAUCAUACAGAGGAAAUGAAAAAUGAAAAACAAAUAUGGAAGAACAUGUAAAAGAAAAUGAAAUCAGAAAACCGCAACAAAAUCGGAUAUACGUAAAAGUAAUAAUUAUAUUGUAUGAUAUAAGAGAGAUUUAACGAUUACGAUGAUGAUGAUGAUGAUGAUGAUGAUGAUGAUGAUGAUGAUGAUGAAGAAGAACUAUAGCUGCCGCGAAUAAAUAUAUCGGAUAAUAGCACUGUCCUCCGUUCUUCCACCUUUUCUCCACCCCUUUUCUCCUUUUCGAAACUGCCUCCUCAAACAUACCAUCCUCCUCCUCCCGCCCCCAUCAACUCCCUAAGCCUAAUCUAACCUAAUCUUUCCAUCCUAUCCUCCCUUCAGACGACCGAGUUUAUGUAAAUAAUAUCCGUUUAUAUUUAUUUAUUUAUGUUUCUAUGCGCUGGACGCGUCUAAGUUACACGCAAUUUCAAAUUAAUCGAUAACUAUUCCUAUUGAUAGAACGAAAGAGAGUACACUGAUUUUUUCAAUAUAAAUAUAAAAUGGUAUAUAUAUAUAAAUAUAUAAAUAUAUAAAUAGAUAGAGUAUAUUAUAUGUAAUAUUAAGAAGGUACUUGUUUAGAUCAUAAGCGUGCCCCGAACUCGUCGCCCCGCGAUGCGACAUUGCAAGUCGAAGACAAAAGAUGAAAAAUAUAAAUUAAAAAUGGAAUAUUAUAUAUUAUAUAUAUAUAAAUAUACAUACAUACACGGACACACACAGACACAUAUAGAGACAGACAGACAGGAACAUACACAGACACGCAUAUACGAAGAAGAGGACGAAAAAAAAGAAGAUGCGAAGAAACGACGAAAGAAUUAAUAGAAUAAACGCGAUUUGUAAAUCGCUGAAUCACGCGGUGCACGCCAUAUUCGAGUUUCUCCUCUUCUUGUUCGCGAGCGAAAUUUCGACUUAACGUCGACUAGUUUAGGGGAUAAACGAGGAUCGACGAUGUCGAGGGGAUGUACUCUGGGCAUUUCCGCUUUAAGAACGCUAGGCAAUAUAAAACUCGAAGAUAAGAAGCGUCGGAAGAUUAUUUGAAGGUUCGAUCGAUAGCUAAUUAUUUUAUUUUGCAUUAAUGUUUCGCAGUAUUGUCUAUAUAUUUCAGUUUCCUUUUUAACGAAAAUUCGAUUGAUCGAUCGUUCCUUUGCAAUGAAAACGGAGACAGUGAUGCUUUAUUUCAAUUUUUUUUGUUUGCAUAUAAUUUUACAGAAGAGUCCGAAGGAGCAGCGUAUGGAACGACGCUUCUAUCGUAGAAGUUUUACGUUCCGCGAUGAAGAUGAAAAUUCUCGUCGCCUCGACAUCGAUCGCGUAUUCAAUAUACGUAAUCGUCGGUCCGCGCGUUCUCUUCGUCGGCAUCGAUUCGGCAGAAACGACCGUUCUUGUUGUGUAUUUUAUCUCGAAAAAAUAGAGGAAGAUCGUGGCUUGCACCGCAGAUCGUACACGGUGGUUACCAAUUUUGUUUUUAAGUUGAAAGAUUAAGUUUUGCGUUACGAUUAUGAGAGAAAUGCGAGGAAGGUGCGUGGUGGAUACGAGAAGGAACGCGAACAAUACGUAAUGACAGAGAGUGUACGAGCGGAGGCGGCAAAAUGGCAGAUGCCUCCAGCGUGAGCGGAGCGCGCAAACCGUAGUUGCGUUUUUCGUGUAUGCAAAAUCACACUUUUGCAUUCUAUUUACAGAAUUAUUUUAUUUAUACGGGAAACAGUGCGCCUGUGUGCGAGUGCGUGCGUGACGACGCGUGAAUGUGCUUCGGGACGUGUUAAAAAUUCAUUUCCAGCAUAAUUCAUAUAUUCGAAAUGUUUUCGAAAUUGAUCCCUGUGAAACCCGUUCGAAAUGCAUUUUUAAUACGUUGAAGACGACUAAGUACGUCUUGAUACGAAUGUUAGGGAUAGUAUGCGAGUGAAAUGAUUGCUUGAGGAUGCGUGAACGGGAGAGAGAAAAGAAAAGGAAAAAAGGUGAUAUAAGAGAGAGAAAGAGAGAGAGAGAGAGAGAGAGAGAGAGAGGGAAGGCAUGGAAGUGGAAUAGAAACGAAGAACGAGUCGAAACUCUGCCAUCUCCAACGAUCCCGGACAGGAACUGGGUUGGAAUGAUGAUGAUUAUAAUCAUGAUUCAUUACGUGUUAUGGUAAAUUACUUUGGAUAGGUAAGCGUGGAGGGGAAAUAAAAAGUGAAAUGAAAUGACGAAUGAAAACGCGAAGUAUGGCGUUACGAUACAUUUUUCUUUUUAUUUUUCUUUUUUCUCCGAGCGCGAACAGGGUGGCAGGGGUUUGUGCUACGCCGAGUUGAGUGUAACUCAUCCUCUUUUUUGUUUGUAUAAAAAUUAAUCGAAAUUUAAUUAAACUAUUAAUAACUGUUUAAUUACUGUGAAACAAGAAAACAUUAAUUAUAAAUUACAAAAAAUCUGA